CUGCAUCGCAUUUCCACUCCACCCCAUCGACCCGGCUCACUUCUUUCCUCUCUGUACGCGUCGCUCCUUUUGUCUUUCCUCGCUCACUCUCCCCUCUCGGCUCAUCAGAUCCGGCUUCAGAUCCACGCCGAUCUUCCCUCCUUUAGUUUUUUCAGUUUCCUUCUCCCUCCAUUUCUCUCUCCUCUUCCCCCCGUCCCCCCACCCCAUUCUUACCAAACUUCUUCGGCUGAAUUUUACACACAUUCUUUUCUGACUUGCUCUCAGUGCCUUGAACAAGUUUCUCGCUCCUUUCUAGUUUUCAUCAGCCUCUCCUACGUCCCCCAUUUCUCAUGAAUUCUGGGACCGGUGGCAGCGGGUGGUAAUCGCAUGGACUGGAGUGUAAAUAGCCAGUAUAGAAGUUACAAAGUAGAUGAUCAUAAAUCAAUGAUGGAGGUGGCGCUCAUUCCAAACAUGGAUCCUGUAAAUAUUGGCCUCGGCUCUUCAGAAAAGGCAAAUCCUAUAAAUUCAGUGAAGCCAAGAAAGAAAACAAUGACAUCAGUUUAUCUUAAGUUCUUUGAGACAGCUGCUGAUGGGAAGACCCGGAGAUGCAAGUUUUGUGGACAAACAUAUUCCAUUGCAACUGCCACAGGCAAUUUGGGAAGGCAUCUUACCAAUCGCCAUCCGGGGUAUGAUAAGUCAGGCGAUGUGGUCAACAAUCCAGCAAUUCAACCUACUGCUGUAGCCAAGAAGACUCAACCUCAAGGAAAAACAAACCAGGUUGAUUAUGAUAAUCUGAAUUGGUUGCUCAUUAGGUGGCUUGUUACAGCUUCUCUGCCCCCAUCAACUCUGGAGGAGAAGUGGCUAGUGAAUUCCUUUAAGUUUCUAAACUCAUCUAUACAACUCUGGCCGUGUGAGAAGUACAGAUCUGUGCUUUUUGAAGUUUUCAGAAGCAUGAAGGAAGAAGUGAAAGCGUUUUUAGCACAAGUUUCUACGAAGUUCUCCAUCACAGUUGAUUUCUGGACUUCUUUUGAACAAGUCUUUUAUAUGAGUGUCACUUGUCAAUGGAUUGAUGAAAACUGGUGCUUCCAGAAAGUGCUUCUGGAUAUUUGUCGCGUACCUUCCCCUUAUGGGAGUACGGAAAUAUAUCACUCCCUCAUUAAGGUUCUUAAAAUGUACAAUAUUGAAAAUAGAGUCCUCUCAUGUACCCAUGAUAAUAGUCAAAAUGCCAUUCACGCCUGCCAUACUUUGAAAGAGGACUUGGAUGCUCAGAAGAUAGGGCCAUUCUGUUAUCUCCCCUGUGCUGCUAGAACUUUGAGCUUGGUUAUAGAUGAUGGUUUGAGAUCCACAAAGUCCAUAAUUUCUAAGAUCCGGGAAUUUGUAAUAGAAUUGAAUGCCUCAUCAGAGAUGGCUGAGGAUUUUAUUCAAAUGUCUAUGGCCUAUCAAGAAGGUACUUGGAAAUUUCCUCUAGAUGUUUCCGCAAGGUGGAGCGGAAAUUACCAGAUGCUUGACAUUGUUUGCAAGGGGGGUAAAUCUAUGGAUGCAGUUAUUCGUAAAUACGAGGAGACUCUUGGUAGUAGGAUGGCGCUGAACUCAACCGAAAAAAGUGUAGCUAGUGUCGUGCAUCAGUAUUUGGAGCCAUUCUACAAGACCACGAAUAACCUAUGCACAAGUAAGGUGCCAACAGUUGGCCUCGUCCUUUUCUUCAUGGAUCACAUCUCAGAAACAAUUGCUAACUGCAGAGAAUCCCGUCACAGCCCAGAGUGGCUAAAAAGUGCUGCAGAAGAAAUGGCUAAAAAGGCCAGAAGUUACAUUAAUCAGGUUUGCAACAUAUUCACAUAUAUGACAGCAAUUCUAGAUCCUCGAAUUAAGGGAGAGCUAAUCCCCGAGGGCUUAAACUCAGAUAGUUUUCUAGAGGAAGCAAGAACCCAUUUUACAAGAAAUUAUUCUACCACACAUUUCUCAUCCAUAAGUGCUGGAUGUAGUACUCAGGAAAUUGAAGAUGGGGCUGUUUCCUUUGCAGAGGAGAUAGCACGCAAGAAACGACGUGCAAGCAUGAGCUCUGGCACUGAUGAGCUCAGUCAGUAUCUUUCGGAAGCUCCAGCUCCAAUACCAACAGAUGUUCUGGAAUGGUGGAAGGUCAAUAGCACCCGCUAUCCACGGUUAUCUGUGAUGGCUAGAGAUUUCCUGGCUAUGCAGGCUACUUCAGUUGUGCCUGAGGAACUUUUCUGUGGCAGGGGUGAUGAGAUCAACAAGCAACGGUUCUGUAUGUCACAUGAUAGCACACAGUAUAUUUUUUGUAUCAAGUCAUGGAUUCAGGUAGGCAUCAAGUUCAAGUUGAAAUCCACUGAAAUUGAUUACGAGAGGUUAAUGGACAUGGUAGCUGCAGCUGCUGCUAUCGAUAGUGGCAGUACUGCUUCAGACAAGAAGCAAAAAUGACCCGGUGAAAUGGCAAUAAAAUGAUGUUAUUGUAGAUUUUAUCUCAACAAUGUUAAUUGUAAUUUAUCAUCUUAGAAAAGGAAAUUGGGCGUUCGAUUCUGGAACGCUAGUCAUAUUUGUGAAA